GCAGUGUACUUUGUUGUAAUGCGCCUCACCUCACAAGCUGUUCCCGGCUUUUAAGCAAGAGCAGUUAUGGUUGAUUGUGAUGGUUGGCGACUUUGGGUGACGGGCAGCUUGGCACUGUUGCGAAGAGGCAACAGAUAUCAGAUAUUUAACUCUUGUGCAGCGGUCGGAUUUACUUCAUGCCCUGGAAAUCCAAAGCAAGAGCUCAUGUCGACCCAGCUGCCACGAUGAUCGAGACCAGGCGUAUCAUUGGGACUGGGCAUUAUAAAGUGGAUGGCACCACAGUGAAGCUGGACAAGAGGCGCUUGGGAUCUGCACCUGGCCAGUCGAUGAAAUUUCACCUCGACGAACUCGGUCUAGUGGAGGGCGGACCUUUCACAAGUCCCUGUCGAUUGAGACUGGCACAGUGCGACUGCUUGGAAGCAGCAGAGUUCUUGAGUGAAGGAGGUGGAAAUGUUCCAAUGGUCUUGGAUUUUGCCAGUGGUUCAAACCCAGGAGGCGGUCUCAAAGGUCAUCAACAGGGAACUCAGGAAGAGGAGAUGUGCCGUCGGUCGAGUUUGUUGCCCUCGCUGGAGCACCAUGAAUAUCCGUUGCCGGAGGGUGGAAUUUAUGCUCCACAGAUUUGCGUUUUUCGUGGUCCAGCACAGCAAGGAUAUCCCUUACUGAAGACUCCUUUCUGGGUUACGGUCUUGGCAUCCGAAAUGCCCAACUGUGGUGACAUGGGGAACAAGGAGAAGGCCUUGGCGCGACGAAAGAUUCAAGGAGUCUUGCAAAUGGCUCUACGACAUGGGCAUUCCUCGCUAGUGCUGGGUGCUUGGGGAUGUGGUGCUUUUGGCAAUGACCCUGUGGUGAUGGCAACGCUCUUCAAGGAGGAGCUGUCGAAGGUGAGCGGCUUGGAGGUGGUCUUUGCCAUCUUGGGGCGCAAUGCUGAGGUCUUCAGCCAGGUCCUGGAGCUGGAUCCACUGCCGGAUCUGCUGGCACCUGCUGGAGCAGCUGGAGCUGGCGCCAGCUUUGGCAGUGCAGUGGGCGACCUGAGCGCGCAAAAAAGGGAUGGGGAGCUGGAAGGGCACAUUCCCUCACCACCCUGCGCCAGCGACAACUUCAGCUCUGUUGUGAUCCGAUGA